GUAAGCCUCUUUGUCAUUCAGCCUUCAUUCCAUCAGGGGGGUGAGGCAAAGUGUGGACCGAAACAACCCCAGACCAUUUCUUCCCACUUCACUGAAAACUUUCAUCGAAGAGUUUCCACUAAAAUUUAUUUUCCUGUGCAACACAGUAUAGUUUGAGCAAGUUACCAUUCCGUUACAGAGUGUUUGCAACACUACUUAAAAAGGGGUACUAAUGACUCGGAGGCAUUAACUUCAUUCCACUGAAAUUUUAUUUGGGGUAAUUUGUAGGUGCAAAAUGAGAAAACCCAGGCUUUGCUGGGCUCUUCUGGGCCUCGUUAUCUUCUUAGGCAUUCAUCCAUUAGCCGCACAAGAUGACCAACAGCUGGAAACAGGAGAAUUGAUGGAAGGCACUGCUGAUGUAGUUUUCCUAAUUGAUGGAUCAGAACAGAUUGGAGCUGACAAUUUCCAAUACGUGGUUGACUUUCUUGUUACACUCGUUGACAGCCUUGAAGUGGGAGCAGACAGAAUACGAAUCGGUGUGGUACAGUAUAGUGAAGAACCCAGAACUGAGUUCUUUUUAAAUAGCCAUGCCACAAAGGCACAAGUUCUAGAUGCCCUCAAUGAUCUUAAAUUCAAAGGUGGAGAUGAAGCUUUGCUUGGUGCAGCACUGGACUUUGUAAUUCAAAACCAUUUUACCCCUGCAGGUGGCAACAGAGAGGAGGAAGGGGUACCCCAAACCUUAAUAGUGAUAACAUCUGCAAAGUCUAGUGAUGAUGUAAGUGAGGGAGCAUUAGCACUAAAACAAGCUAGUAUAUUCUCCUUUGUCAUUGGGGUCCAGAAUGACUUAACACCAGAACUUCAACAAAUUGCCAUUGAUUCUGCAUUUAUAUUCAAACCCUCGGAUAUCAGCACUAUUAAUGAUGUUGAGCCACAACUCUCACCAUAUAUUCACGGAAUAGCAAUGAGAACUGUAACUUUAGGUACAAGUGUUGUCACUGAAGUAAUUAAUGUGAACCCUAGAGACAUACUGUUCCUGAUUGACAGCAGCAGUGCACUGGGGGGAGUAAAUUUUGUUCAAAUCAAAAAUUUUGUUGCGAGUCUUAUUCAAAGAUUGGAAAUUGGGGAAGAUUUAAUUCGAGUUGCUUUGGCACACUUCUCAGAUGGUGUGACUAUCGAAUUUGACUUUAAUAAGCACAAAACUAAAGCGGAAGCUGCAAAUGCUGUCAAGAAAAUUAAAUUGGCUGGAGGAAGGUCACUAAAUAUCGGUGCUGCCUUACAAUAUGCCCGUAACAACUUAUUCACAAGGAAUGCAGGCAGCAGAAUUGAGGAAAAUAUACCACAGCUCCUGGUUCUUCUCACUGGUGGUAAAUCAAAAGACAGUGUUGAACUGCCAGCACAAGAGUUGAAGAAUGCUGGAAUUUUUGUUCUUGCUGUUGGUGGUAAAGCUGCAGAUGAAGCGGAGCUAGGUAAAAUUACACUUGCGUCUGAAUCCAUUUUCUAUGUCAGAGAGUUACCGCAGCUGGCGACCAUAAGAGACAAUGUCCUGACUCCUUUAAAAACUCUAAGUGGAGUAAUAGCAACAACAGAAGGACCAACAGUUUAUACAGGCAACCCCAGAGACAUUAUUUUCCUCUUGGAUGGCUCUGAGAAUGUUGGUGAUGCUGGUUUUCCAUAUGUACUGGAGCUACUGCUAAGGAUUGUGAGAAGCCUUCAGCUUGAAAGUGAUAAUAUCCGAAUUGGUGUGGUACAGUUCAGUGAAGAUCCAACAACAGAAUUUUAUUUGAACACCUACUCAACAAAGCCCCAAGUUCUGGACAGCAUUAAAAAACUCAGGCGAAAAGGAGGCAGUGUACUGAAUACUGGAGCUGCUCUGAAUUAUGUUCUGUCAAGUCACCUAAUCCAGGCAGCUGGCAGCAGGAUAAGGGAAGGUAUUCCACAGAUCUUAGUUCUAGUCUCUGCUGCAGCAUCCGAUGAUGAAUACUCAGCAGCAUCCACUGCCUUGUCCGAGGCUAAUGUUCUCACUUUUUGUGUUGGAGCUGGCAGUUAUGACAGGCCAGAGCUAGAACUGAUUGCAUUUAAUCCUACUUUGGUGUACACUGCAGAAGACUUUAGUGCACUUCCAGCUCUCUACAGUGAAAUGAUUGUACCUCUAGUAUCUUUUGUCAGUGGAGGACCUGAAAUCCCAGUCAGGAAAAGAGAUAUCCUAUUUUUGCUGGAUGGUUCAACCAAUGUCCAUGGACAUUUUCCUCCCGUGCGUGAUUUUGUACUAGGAAUUAUUGAUGACCUUAAUGUGGGGCGUGAUAAAGACCAAAUUGCUAUAGCUCAGUUUAGUGACAAUGUCAAGCUUGAAGGAAAUUUUAAUUCAUUUCCCAGUAAGGAUGAUGCCCAAACUAUCUUGAAGAAGAUGAAACCCAAAGGAGGCCGAAAUCUCAACACUGGUGCUGCACUAGACUUUGCAUUGAAGAACAUCUUCACUCCAUCAGCUGGUAGCAGAAUAGAAGAUGGUGUCACCCAGUUCCUUGUUCUGUUUGUAGCAGGGAGAUCCAAAGAUGAUGUUGCACAAGCUGCUGAUGCAUUAAAACAAGCUGGCAUUGUUUCAUUUGGUGUUGGUGCUAAGACUGUAGAUACAAAUGAAUUGCAAUUAAUUGCUUCCAGGCCAAACUUUGUUGUCACUGUGAAUGAAAUCCGCUCUCUUCCAGAUUCAAGGCAGAACCUGUUUAACUUGAUAACCACUGCUGAGUUACCAACACAAGCUCCUACAGUUCCUAUGGAUAUGUUGUUUCUGGUUGAUGGCUCUGAUGGCACUGAAGACACUUUUUCGUACAUGAAAGAUUUUGUAAAAGAGGUGGCAAGAAAGUUAGACAUUGGUCCUGAUGGUGUUCGACUGGCUUUGGUCCAGUACAGUGAUACAGCAAACCCAGAAUUUUUUUUCAAUGAUCAUACAUCUAAAGAGGACAUUCUUAAUGCCAUUCAGGCUGUACGGCACAGGGGAGGUUCUGAUAUUAAUACUGGUGCGGCUUUGAAUUAUGCAAUUAAUAAUGUUUUCCAAAGUAAUAAGGGAAGUAGAAUAAAUGAAGGUGUCCGUCAAGUCUUAAUCCUUCUGACAAGUGGAAGCUCCAAUGAUGAUAUCAGUGGCUCAGCUAGAGGACUUAGAAAUACAGGAAUUAUGACUUUUGCAUUUGGCAGUGGAGAUGCAGAUGCAGGAGAGCUGCAGAGAAUUUCAAGCAGUCCUAAUCAAGUGUUCAUGGUACAACACUUUAAUUUGCUGCCAGACUAUCUUCAAAGUUUUGUGGUAACUACCAUGAGGCCUUCUCCACCUGAUGAAGUUCCAGCAGGCGUAAAGAGGGAUAUUGUAUUUCUGGUGGAUGGAUCAAGGAACAGUAUUCCUACAUUCAGUUUGGUGCGUAGUAUAAUUGAGCAUUUUGUCGGUGAUGUGGACGUGGGCCUAGAUAAAGUACGGAUUGCAGUGGUACAGUACAGUGAUGACUCUUCCGUGGAGUUCAAUCUAAAUGCUCAUCCUUUUAAAGAUGAUGUCAUAAAUGCUGUAAGAGCAUUGCAGCCUAAAGGUGGAAGCAGAAUCAACACUGGAUCAGCAAUACAAGAUGUCUCAGGUGUUUUCAUUCCAUCAUCUGGGAGUAGGAUUGAGGAAGGUGUGCCUCAGUUCCUAAUUGUCCUGCCUAGUGGUCCAUCUUCUGACAGUUUCACAUGGCAAUUGCUGCAAUUAAAAGCAUCUGGUGUUGCACCAUUCGCAGUUGGUGUGGGGAAAGCAGAUCCAAAUGAACUCAGAGUGAUUUCUCUUGUACCAGAGGCUUCUGUUUCCAUUUCAAGUGCUGGAGAUUUUCCUAGAGUAAGGCAGAUUUCAGAACAGUUAACAACUCUGACUCCAGAUGAUAUAAGACGUGUGAAAUUACCACAAGUAGGUGGAAAGAGAGAUGUUGUAUUUCUCAUUGAUGGAUCACGGAACAGUGCCACAAAUUUUCCCUUGAUGCGACGUUUGAUGGAGAGAACAGUGAAUAAUAUGGUCAUUGGCCCUAACAAUGUACGCGUAGCAGUGGUCCAGUACAGUGACAGUGCUAGAACUGAGUUCCUGCUAAAUCGGUAUUCAAAUAAAGACGAUGUCUUGAAUGCUAUAAGAAAUCUGAGGCACAUGGGAGGAAAUCAAAUUAGAACAGGAAAUGCUCUGAAGUAUGUGUCAGACAAUGUCUUCACCAGGUCAGCAGGCAGUAGAAAGGAGGAAGGAGUUCCCCAGUUCUUAGUUGUUCUACCCAGCGGACCUUCCACUGAUGACGUUACAAACCCUUCACGUGAAAUCAAUGCAGCUGGAGUAGCAACUUUUGCAGUUGGAGUCGGAAAUGCAGACAUAAUAGAGCUCAGAAGGAUUUCUCUAAUUCCAGAUAGUUCUGUGUCCAUAUCAAGUGAUGAACAACUUACUAAUAUCGAUGGCACAAUAGCUUCUUUAGGAGCCCUCAGUGCAAGAGAUGUUAUAAAACUGAAGCCAGCUGCAGUUGCUGGAAAGCGGGAUAUUGCAUUUUUAGUGGAUGGAUCGACUAAUACUGAUUUUGCCUUAGCUCAAAAUGUGAUUGAGCAUGCUGUUGAAGAUAUGGACAUAGGUCUUGACAAAGUACGAGUUGCUGUUGUGCAGUAUGAUGAUAACCCUAGGACAGAAUUCCAGCUAAAUACAUACUCCUCAAAAGAUGAUGUACUGAAUGCUGUUAAAGCGCUGAGGCAAAAAGGAGGAAAUAGAAUUAAUACUGGAGCGGCACUUGAAUUCGUUUCAAAUAAUGUUUUCACAAGGCCGUAUGGGAGCCGGAGACAUGAGGGUGUGCCACAGAUUUUAGUUGUCCUUCCCAGUGGUCCAUCUAAUGACUUGAUAGCACGACCUGCUACUCAGAUCAAGACUUCUGGAAUUGCACCUUUUGCAAUUGGAUUGAGAAACGCAGACCAGCAGGAGCUGAGAACACUAUCUUUUAGACCUGAAGCAGCAGCAGCAGUUAUAACCAGCACAAGUGACCUAGAAAGAGUAGCUCCAUUUCUAACAUCUGUUGGAACGGUCACGCAACAAGAAAUAAUGAAAUACAGACCCCUGACAGUAACUGGCAAGAAAGAUGUUGUAUUCCUGGUUGAUGGCUCUCAGAAUAUGCGUCUCAAAUUUCCUUUGGUCCAAAAGGUAAUGGAGAGUUUUGUGAAUGGCUCAGAUAUUGGUAUGGAUAAAGUGCGCGUUGCUGUAGUGCAGUAUAGUGAAGAUGUCAAAGUUGACUUCCUUUUGAAUGCUCAUUCUUCCAAAGAAGAUGUCCUGAAUGCCAUCAGAAGGCUUAGGCUUAAAGGAGGAUAUGAGAUUAACACUGGUGGUGCACUUGAAUAUGUCUCAAGAAAUGUAUUCACUCGACCCUAUGGAAGCAGGAUUGAAGAAAAUGUGCCUCAGUAUUUGAUCCUUCUGACCAAUGGGCCUUCUGCUGACUCAGUUACAGCACCUUCACAACAGAUCAAACAAUCUCGUGUCGUACCUUUUGCAAUUGAUAUGGGGAAUGCAGAUCGUGAUGAACUGCGCUGGAUUGUGUAUCAGCCAGAUUAUUCAGUCUCUAUUACCAGUGUAAGUGAUCUGCCUAAAGUACAAAACAUCAUGCAAACAGUAGAAACUCGCAUUGACCGAGGUCCUCCACCUGUACAACCAACCCCAGCAGUCAUUGAUCCUGCCAGGCAAGACAUUGUGUUCCUUGUUGAAAGUUCCACCAAUGUUGGUACAGAAGGACUUGCUUUUAUCCGGGAUUUCAUUAGAAAUGUAGUACAAAGGUUAAAUAUUGGCUCAAACCAUGUGCGUGUGGGUUUAGUGCAAUACAGUGCAGAUCCAUCUACUGAAUUCCUGUUGAAAACCCACACCAGCAAAGAGGCAAUUAAUGAUGCCCUCAAGAGAAUGAGGUUGAAAGGUGGAACAAAUGUCAAUACAGGGAAGGCACUGGACUUUGUCAUGAAAAACCACUUUAUAAAAUCUGCUGGAAGUCGAAUUGAAGAAGGUGUCCCACAGAACUUGGUGCUGCUCACAGCAGGAAGAUCUCAAGAUAGUGUCACAACACAAGCAGCAUUACUGAAGCGUGCAGGAAUUAAAGGUUUGGGAAUUGGUGCAAAGAAUGCAGAUAUAACAGUUCUUCAAGAGAUUUCUUCAGAUCCUAGAAUAACAAUCCAGAUCAGAGAUUUCCAGGAUCUUCCAGGUCGAGCACAAAAUAUAUUUGAGUUAUUGGAAGGAGGGAUCACAUAUAUUAAAACAGUAACUCCUGCUACUACAGUAGAAACAUUCCUGCCAAAAUCUGCUGACAUAGUCUUCAUCAUUGACAGUUCAAUAAACUUCCGAAGAGAUGAGUUUAAUCAGGUCAUUCAGUUUGUAUAUGGCAUACUUGAAAACAUUUAUGAGGACCCUCCAGAUGACAUCAGGGUUGGAAUGGUGCUGUACAACACAGAUGUAGAUGAUCAGUUCUUCUUUAAAACAUACCCGUCCAAACAGGAUAUAUUAGACAGAAUGGAAAAGUCUCAAUACAUGGGCGGUCGGACUCUGAAUACAGGACUUGCUCUUAAACAUGUUCUAGAGAAUCAUUUUGUUGAAUCAGCUGGUAAUAGAAAGAAUGUACCACAGAUUGCGUUCAUCGUAACUGGAGGCAAUUCUGCUGAUGACGGCAAGACAGCAGCUCUAGCACUGAAAAAUAAAGGGGUCCGUGUAUUUGCUGUGGGGGUAAAGAAUGCGGACAUGGAAGAGGUGACAGGUCUUGCUAGUGAGAGUGCCACAGCUUUCCGUGAUCCUCAAGUCAAGGGUCUAUCUGAACUUAAUGAACAGAUUUUAGUCACUCUGGCAGCUAGUAUGAAAGGCGGAUUAUGUCCAGGUGUUCCUGAACCAUCAAAAAUGUGUAAUGUGGAAGUACUGGUUGGUUUUGAUGUCAGUAAUGCUAGAACUGGAGACAGUAUCUUUGCCAUUCAAAAGGGCUUGGAGAAGAAGACAGAAGGCAUUUUAAACCAAAUUUCCAACAUGCACAGAAUAUCCUGUACUGGCACACAGGCACCAUCUGUAAAGAUUGGAUUCCUGACUUACAGCAGGACUUCCGUAGUUGAUGGAUUUGACUUUGUAGAAUAUCAGCCAGAAAUGUUUAAAAGUGUCCAAGAUUUGCAAAGACGAGGUCCAUUUUUUCUGAAGAGAGCCACCUUUGAAGCCUAUCUUAAUAAGUUCAAAACAAGUGGGACAGCAGAAAGUGUAAAAGUUAUAAUCCACCUUACAGAUGGUCUGGAUGAGAACUACGAAGACCUGCUUGGAGAAUCUGUAAAACUGCGAGAAGGAGGUGUGCAUGCAUUGUUGCUGGUUGGUCUUGAAGGUUCUAGAUCAGCUGAAGAACUGAUGGGCCUUGAGUUUGGACGAGGAUUCAGAUACAGGAGACCUUUAAUGAUUAACCUGUUGGAUUUAGAACAUGAGGUUGCAGAGGAGCUGGAUAGCAUUACAGAAAGAGUUUGCUGUGGUGUUCCAUGCAAAUGUUCUGGUGCACGAGGAGAUCCAGGCUCUGCUGGUAGCGCAGGAGAAAAGGGUGCUGACGGUGGAAAGGGAUUCACUGGAUACCCAGGAGAAGAAGGUGGACCAGGUGAGCGAGGACCUCAUGGAGUGAAUGGUACACAGGGAUUCCGAGGUUGCCCUGGCCAAAGAGGACAUAAGGGAUCUCGUGGUUAUGCAGGACAGAAGGGCGAUGGUGGUGAAAUUGGCUUAGAUGGAAUUAAUGGAGAUGAGGGAGACAGAGGACAACCUGGUGGUCCUGGAGACUCUGGAAACCAUGGAAGAAGGGGACCCAAAGGUUUAAUGGGUGAAAGAGGAGAAAGAGGUGAACUAGGACUCCGAGGUGAUCCAGGUACUCCAGGAACUGACAACCCUCAAAGAGGACCAAAGGGACAGAAGGGAGAUAUUGGCCCAACAGGACCCACUGGAGCUGAUGGUACCGCUGGUAGCAAUGGAACUCCUGGAAAGGAGGGACCUGCUGGUCGAAGAGGACUUUCGGGAGCAAAAGGAAACCCAGGAGGUCCAGGACCUCGGGGAUCAGCAGGAGAGCAAGGACACAGAGGCUCACAGGGAUCACCAGGAGCUGAUGGCAGUCCAGGUAUCCGAGGAAAUGCUGGAAUUAAAGGACCAAGGGGUGACAGUGGUCCUGUAGGCCCUGCAGGGGAUAGUGGUAAACCUGGACCUAUAGGGAAGAAGGGUGAACCUGGAGAGACUGGAGAAAAAGGACAAGCUGGCUCUCCUGGGCCUCGAGGCGAGGCUGGUUAUGAUGGAAGAGAUGGCAUUGGCAUUCCUGGUCCCAAGGGCAGAAAGGGAGAUCAAGGAUUCCCAGGGUACCAAGGAGCAAAGGGUGAAAUUGGAGAGACUGGUGGUCCUGGAGGUCCUGGUCCGAAAGGAAACAGAGGAAGAAGAGGCUAUGGUGGAGAAUCUGGAACAGAUGGACUACAAGGAGAAGAUGGUUAUCAUGGUCCACCUGGUCUCAAGGGUGAAAGAGGACUUGCUAGAGGGGAUUGUGAGCUGGUGAAUUUUGUGAAGGACAAAUGCCCAUGCUGCUAUGGUCCACAAGAAUGCCCAGUAUAUCCAACUGAACUUGCCUUUGCCAUUGAUUCAUCAACCGGAGUGAACAGAAAUACAUUUGACAAGAUGAAAACUUUUGUUGAAAGGAUUAUCAGUAGAACUAAUCUCACAGAAAGUAAUUGCCCAAGAGGAGCUCGUGUUGCCAUAUUGACAUACCAUACUGAUGUCACAACGGAAAAACGUUUUUCAGACACAAAGAAAAAACGUGCCCUAUUGGAACAGAUUCGUGCCAUCCAGCUACUUCAAACAACAAAACCACGCAAAUUAGAGAAUGCCAUGUCUUUUGUGGCCAGAAAUACCUUUAAGCGUACUCGUGGUGGGUUCCUUAUGAAAAAACUUGCUAUAUUCUUCAGCAAUGGGCCAACUAAAGCCUCCAAUGAAUUGAAUUCUGCAGUAUAUAAACUAUAUGAUGCUGGAAUUUCAUCUGUCUUCCUUGUGAACAGAGAAGACAGAGUUCUAACUCAGGCACUGCAGGCAAAUAAUACAGAUUUUGCAAAAGUUAUAGUCCUACCAGAGAGGAUGGAUGAUGUCAUUAACAAGGUGAUGUCCUGCCACGUCUGCUUUGAUGCAUGUAACCCAGAUCCAGUCUGUGGAGAAGUUUUUAGAAGCCGAAGAUCACCACCAACUGAUGCAAGCAUGGAUUUAACAUUUAUCAUGGAUAGCUCACACAGUACUACUAAAAGUCAAUUUGCUGAAAUGAAAAAAUACAUCUCAUAUAUAGUUGAUCAGCUUCAAAUUAGCUCUGAUCCCAAGAGUUCACAAUACCAUGCAAGAGUUGCGCUAGUUCAACACGCACCCAUUCAGUAUGGGAGUAAUGACAGCGCUCUGCCCGUGAAAGUAGACUUUUCAUUGACUGACUUUGUAUCUAAGCAGGAAAUUCAAGACUAUUUGGAGAACAGGAUGUCCCAGCUGCAAGGACGGAAGGCACUGAGUCAUGCCAUUGAGUACACAAUUGGGAAUAUUUUUGAAGCAGCCCCUCAUCCAAGGCAGCUGCGAGUAAUUGUGUUGUUGGUAACUGGAACAAAUGAUGGACAGGAAGACAUGAGGCUUCAAAAGGUUAUUUCAAAUGCCAAAUGCAAAGGAUUUUUCAUUGUUGUAUUAGCUGUGGGAAAACGUGUAAAUAUGAAAGAUCUUACUAAUCUUGCCAGUGAGCCAGAUGAUGUAUUCUAUAAAUUUGCUGAUAAAGCUUCAGAGCUGCAUAAUGAACAUUUCUUGAGGUUUGGCCAACUGCUGCCCAAAUUCAUUAGUGGUGAAAAUGCAUUUUACCUUUCUCCUGAGCUGCGGAAAAAUUGUGACUGGUUUCAGAAUGAUCAACCAGAAAAUAUACCAUUUAAAUUCAACCAAAGGCAUGUACAACUGGAGAAAACUGAAUCUGCAGUUGCAGCAAAACCUUCUGAGCAUAAACCACUGACACAAACUAGGUCAAGCUCAACAGUGUCUGUGACUUCAGUUGCUGGUGCAGAGACAACAAUAAACACAGCAAAAGCUCACGUAACAGUGCCAAGAGCACAGGCUACAGUGAAUUCAACAGUGGCCGAGCCAGUUGCUGUAAGAGCACAAUCCACCCUGGCUACAGCUAAAGAGAGUUCACCACCGGUGAAGACACAUCCAAACUCAACAGUUCUUGAAGGAUUUGCUGCUGAUGCAGCAUUAUCAACAAACUCGGAUAAAGAUCCUUGCUUGCUGGACUUUCACAUUGGAACACUGUGCACAGACUAUCAGGUUAAAUGGUUCUUUGACAACAAAAACAAGAUCUGCACACAAUUCUGGUAUGGUGGGUGCGGUGGUAACAGUAAUAGAUUUGCUACAGAGGCUGAGUGCAUUAGCAAAUGUUUGAAGCCAUCAUCAGAAGGAGGAUUAGAGGCACCAAAUCUGGAAGACAAACUUACAUCAGGAAAAGUUACAAGUGUGUGCCAACUACCAAGAGAGGAAGGAACUUGUCGGGAAUAUGAACUAAGAUGGUUCUAUGAUACACAGACCAAAAGCUGUACACAAUUUUGGUAUGGUGGAUGCAAUGGUAAUCAUAAUCGUUUUGAAACACAGGAACAGUGUGAGAAGACUUGUAUUUCUGCAAAACUGACUCCUAUUACAGCAAUAGGAACAUAAGCAGAGAAGAACACCAAAAUAUACCUCUGGAAAGAUCGGGGGCCUACCAUGGUCCAAGUGCUCAUUUAGAAGCAAAUCUUGCACUGUAAUAAUCAAUGCUUUUUAUGUCAACUUAAAACAGGCAACAGCAGUUACUCUUAUCACAUUUUGGUGAAGAAAUUUACAGCAUGAAACUGUCAUAAUGGUGCUAAAUCUCAUUUUGAAUUGAGUGGUAACUUCCUCUGGUAUACAAUGUAAAUUCAUACACCAUCUCAUUUUUUAAAAUGGAUAUUUCUAGCUGUAUUAAAAAUUAUUCAUAGUAUUUAGAUAGUUGUAAGGCAUGGACUGCAAAAACUGUAAAUAUGUCUUCACUCAGCCUUCAGCACCUAUUUUGUUCAAAUUAUUAUUUAAUACAACACUGUUUACGAUAAGCACAUAUACACAAAUUAUGUUUACGAACCUUGCUCUACUCAUUGUGGUAAUAAAUUUAGGGGGAACAAACUGUUACACCUCAACAACAAAACAUCAAGAAAAACAAAUUACCAGUGAAAUGAAUGAUGUGACAAAAGUGACAGAUGAAAGUAUAAUUUUGACUGCAAAGUCUAUGUGGAAUAUUAAUUGUAUUUUAAUUUUUUUAAUAAUAAACUUUUUUAAAA